AUGCAGACCAUUAUCACGCUCCAUCUUGAAAGAAAUAAUAUUGAUGCUAAAUGUGUACAACAUUUAGCUGGCGCAUUUAGCAAGAAUACAACACUCACCAUGUUGAAUUGUCAAGAAAAUCGUAUCGAUGAUGAAGGAGCACAACAUUUAACAAAUGCAUUAUUAGAGAAUACGACAAUUGUUAUACUCAAUCUUCAAAACAACUCAAUUGGUGAUACAGGUGCUCAGUAUUUCGCUAAUGCAUUACUACAUAAUAAAACGCUUGCUACAUUAAACUUGAGUUUUAAUAGGAUUAGUGACGAAGGAGCACAUCAUUUAGCUGAUGCAUUACAACAGAAUAAAACACUUGUUAGUUUGGAUCUUCAAAGUAACAAAAUCGGUAAAACUGGUGCAAUAUUUUUAGCUAAUGCGUUACAAAAAAAUACAACACUCACCACGUUGAAUCUUCAAAAUAAUAGAAUCGAUUCUACAGGAGCACAAUAUUUAGCUAAUGCAUUAGAACAUAACAGGACGCUUACCACACUGGAUUUGAUAGAAAACAAUAUUGGUAUUGCAGGAGCAAUAUAUCUAACAAAUGUAUUGCAACAAAACACAACAAUCGCCAUACGAGAUAUUGAAUGCAUCGCAAAUGGUCAUGACAAGGAAUCAGAUAUUACUAACGCAUUAGAACAUGCUGCGACUCUGCAAACGUUAGAUCUUCGAAAUAAUCUAAUCGGUUUUGGAGGAGCAAUAUAUUUACUGAAUGCAUUACAACAAAAUACAACACUAACUAGUCUAGAUGUUCGUGCAUAUGACACCAAGCCGCGCAAUCAACGAAAUAAAUUCGAUGAUUUAUGGCACGGCAGUACAUUGACUAGCUUAGAUGCUUAUGCUGAUGCAAUCACACUACACGAACUAGAAGGUAUAAUAAAAACGUUACAACAUCGUACUACUCUCCCGAUGUUAAAUCUCAACUGGACUAAAAUGAGUUCUAGAAAAUUUGAACGUUCAUACAAUGCAUCCAAACGAAAUACGAUACUGAUUAGCCUAGUUGCUUGUGCUGAUGCAAUUAAACUGCAGUCAAAAAAUGAUAUAAUCAAUGCAGUACAACAUCGUACUGCUCUACAAAUGUUAGAUCUCUUAUGGUCUGAAAUGAGUUCUAGAGAAUUUGAAUAUUUAUUGGAUGCAUUAAAAUAUAACAAGACCAUAACUACACUCAAACUUCCAAACAAUGGAUUUAGUGAUAAAAACAUACGAUAUCUAUGUGAUAUAUUACAACAGAACACAGUAGAAUUAGUUUUUAAUCCGUCUAUGAUGAUACCAUGUGAAUUAUUUACUACAGACACUCACCGCACUGCAUAUUGGAGGCAAAGAAUCAAUUCACAUUUAAUACAGACAUUAAUCGCACUCAAACUUGAACAUACUCACAUUGGUCAUCAAGGAGUAAUUCGUCUAUCUAACACAUUACUAAAGAAUACAACGCUAACUACAUUGGAACUCUGCUCGAUUAAUAAUAUUGAUGCUGAAGCAAUACAGUAUUUAAUGAAUAUAUUACAGCAGAACACUACACUCACCACGCUGAGUCUUCAAAGCAAUAAAAUUGAUGUUGUAAGUGCUCAAUAUAUAGCGAAUGCGUUAAUACAAAAUAAGGUACGAUUAAUUAUGUACUCAAUUGUCCCAUAUUCAUUUGCUGCUUCAAUAAAGGCACUGACUCAAUUAGAUCUACAAUACAACCGAAUCGGGAACACAGGAGUACAACAUUUAGCUAACGCAUUAAAACGCAAUGCAACACUCAUAACAUUAAAUCUUAAUGGCAACGAUAUUAAUUUUGUGGGAGGAAUAUAUCUAGCAGAUGCAUUACAAUGGAACAGAACAAUCACCACGCUAACAGUGAUAAGCUGGCUUCCUAGAGAACAAGACUUUAUAAAUACUGCAUUACAAAACCGUACCGCACAAUUAACGCUGAAUUUAGAUUCGUUUUAUAUGAAUGAUGAAAGAAUAACAGGUCUUGCUAAUGCAUUGCAACAUAAUACAAGGAUCACCAGCUUGUCUCUUCGAUCGGGUUCAAUUACUGAUGAAAAAGUGCAAUACUUAGCUGAUGCACUACGACAUAAUAGAACAAUUAGUUCGUUGGAUCUCAGCCAUAACGAAAUCAGUGAUACAGGAGCUCAAUAUCUUGCUGAGAGAUUACAACACAAUCAUACGCUCGUCCAGUUGAAUCUUGAGCGCAAUAAAAUCAGUGACGCAGGAAAACAAUUUUUCGAUCCAUCAACAAAAUCGGAUCGAUUAACAGUGUUAUUUUGA